UUUCUACAGGAUUCCUUUCUGAGCACCUUGAAGAUGAGUAUCCGGACUCCACCCAAACUCCUGUUGCUGGCAGGAGAGAGCUUGCUGAAGGACCAGGCCUCAGCCAUUGCAGCUCUGAAGUACCUGCCUGCUAAGCUCUUCCCACCGCUGUUCAUUCAGGCCUGCCGUAGGAGAAUACCGGAGCCCCUGAAGGCGAUGUUGCAAGCCUGGCCCUUCCCUGUCCUCCCUCUGGGGAGCCUGAUGAGGAUGCCUCCAGUCAUGGUCUUACAAGCGGUGUUUGAGGGGCUUGACUUUCUGCUUGACCAACAGGUUUGCCCCCGGAGGUGGAAACUGCGGGUGCUGGAUUUAAGGAACACGGAUGCCAACUUCUGGAGAAUGUGGUGUGGAGACAGCACCGGGAAUUGCUCACCGAUGGGACCAGUUGCUGUGCAGAGCUCCAGCCCCAAUAUGGAGCACUCCUUGGCUCCCUUGGAGGUGUCCCUAGACCUUAACUUCAGUGAAAGGGACCGGGAUAAGUUUUUCAUGUGCAUCAUUCAAUGGGCCCAGCAGAAGGAAGGGUUGGUACACCUGUGCUGCAAGGCGCUGAGGAUUUAUGAGGUGCCCUUCCAGAGGGUCAGGAGGGCCCUGGAUGGGGUGCAGCUGAACUGCAUCCAGGAGGUGGAAGUGAACUGCACCUGGGACCUGCCCACCCUGGGGACAUUUGCUCUCUACCUGGGUCAGAUGAGUAACCUGCAGAGUCUCGCUCUCUGCCACAUCAAGGAGCAGGAGGAGCAGCGAUCCUUUUCCCAAUUCCUCUCUCAGAUGCUCAGGCUGCGGCACCUCCGGGCACUCUACUUGGAAUCUCCCGCCUUUCUCCGAGGCCGCCUGGACCAGGUGCUCAGGUGCCUGCAGACCCCCCUGGACAAACUCUCCCUAUGGUUUUGCUCGCAGCUGACCCAUUCAGACCUGACACACCUGUUCCGGUGCCCGAACCUCAGGCAGCUGAAGUCCCUGCAUCUGUAUGGCGCCAACCUCGCCGGUUUUAGUCCCGAACCCCUCCGAGCUCUGCUGGAGGCAGUGGCACCCACCCUCCAGGACCUGCGCCUGGAUAACUGUGGGAUGGUGGACUCCCAAGUCGAGGCCAUCCUGCCUGUCCUGAGCCGCUGCCUCCAGCUCAGGGACUUCACCAUCUCUGAGAACCACUUCUCCGCGGCCACCGUGGAGAAGCUGCUGCGCCACACAGCCGGGCUGCGCAGUUUAGAGCGCGAGCUGUACCCCGUCCCCCUGGAGUGUUACAGGACACAAGAGACUGUGGACCAGGAGAGAGUUGCCCUGAUCCGGGCUGAGCUCACGGGGACACUGAGGGAGUUAGGACAACCCAGGACCAUCCGUCUUGUCACCAAGCACUAUAGCUCUUGGGAGGUUUAUGACGUGGCAUUUUCAGGACAUGGUGCCGGAGACUAUUUAUUUCUUCACUAG